UCCAAAAGGAACCAAUCAGAUGUCGUUGCUUGGAUUCCUUUGUCUGGAAGUUUCCAUGUGGAAGCUUCCAGAGUCUUUUCUGUUUGUCUGUAGGCUGAGCAGAACUGACUCCUGCAGGAUCACAGGAACCAAACAAUCUGAAAGCAGGAGAAAAGUUUCUGUUUGGACCUUUUUGCUGUGAUUGUGAGACUAGCAGAUGAUCGGAGCUGCUGCUGUUCAGAGGACUUUGGUGUUUGUUGGAGCUGAAGAUCUUCUGCAGCUGCAGGAACCAUGUCUUCAUUUGCUCAGAAAGAGUCUGUCAGUGAGCAACUUUCUGCUGCUGAAGAAACCUUCAGACUCUGUGAAGGAACCAUCGUCCAGAAUGAGAAUGAGGAGCUCUGUCGUCAGCGCAGACUGCUGGAUAUCUGCUGGAAACCACAGCUUCAGCUCCACCACAUAGUCCUCCCCCAGCAUUGGUUGAUAAAAGAGGAAGAUAUCUUCAACCAGCAGAAGAACUUCAGUGUGGAACAGAAUGAUCCAGAACCUACACAGACAAAAGAGGAACUGG